AAGCGAAGCGAGGGAGAUGCACGGAAAUUGUACUGUAUUGAAAUAAUACGUCAUCUCAUCUCCUCUAGUGAUUUCAUAUAGAUUUUCAGUAAUUUGGAUUAAUAAUCAUAAAAGUAAUAAAACAAGUUGUGAAAACGUCAACGAAAUAAAGCUCCCGACGGGUCAACGUUUGCCGCGCUCCCCAGGCCUUCGUGUUUACUGACGCGUCCUUUGCAAUAUUGCAGGCAAAAUGCCGGCGGCACGGGGCACGAAACGGACAGCGUCCAAGACUUCUGCUGUCACGGCGUCAUCGGCGCCUAAAAAUAAGAAAAAACGCGGAGGAGCAGUUUUGCUGGAGAUACCCAGCGCCCCCAAAAAGAGGGGUUCAGUGCUAACAUGCGGGCAGGGAGAUGUGGGGCAGUUGGGUCUGGGGGAGGAUGUCAUGGAGACUACCGAGUUCCGGCACGUGGCCGGGCUGGGCAACAAGAUAGUGGACGCGCACGCGGGGGGCAUGCACACCAUCGCCUUGGACUGCGACGGGAAGGUGUGGACGUUCGGCUGCAAUGACGAGGGAGCCCUAGGCCGGCCCACAUCUAAUGAGAAGGACGAGGGGACUCCCAAGGCAGUCGCUCUGCCGCAACCCGCUGUGGCCAUCGCCGCAGGGGACUCCCACUCAGCUGCAUUGCUUGACAACGGGGAUGUUUACGCUUGGGGUGCCUUUAGGGACUCCCACGGCAGCAUGGGGCUGAUCGUGCGCGCGCGGGAGGGCAAAGCGUGCAAGGAGCCCGUCAAAGUCGACAUCGGCGAGCAGGCCGUCGCGCUCGCCUCGGGCGGGGACCAUCUCGUCAUGCUGUCUGUGUCGGGUUCAGUGUACACAAUGGGGUGCGGGGAGCAGGGCCAGCUCGGUCGCCUGUCACAGCGCUCCGCCUCCAGGGACGCCAGGCAGGGCUUCAGUGCACUGCUCACGCCGUCCAAGGUGACUCUGAAGGCGGGCGCGUCGCGCAUCUGGGCGGGCUACCACGCCACCUUCGUGCUGGACGCCAACAAGGACAAAGUGUUCGCUUGGGGGCUCAACAACUACGGACAACUUGGUAUAACGGGCGAGAAGCGCAAGACGGCGCUGUUUUCGCCGGCGGAGUGCGACGCGUUCGCCGGCAGCUCGUGGAGCGGCGUCGCGGCCGGCCAGCACCACUCGCUGGCCGUGGACGACGCGGGCCGGGCGCACGCCAUCGGCCGCUGCGAGUAUGGACGGUUAGGAUUAGGUGACAAAUCGGGCGACGCGGAGAUAUUGGAACCGAUACCCAAGUUGCAGAAUAAGAACUGCGUGAGCAUAGCGGCGGGCACCAGCAACUCCUUCGCCGUCACGAGUAGCGGGGAGGUGAUGUCGUGGGGCAUGGGCAGCGAGGGUCAGCUGGGCACGGGCAGCAGCCAAGACGCGGCCGAACCCACCAGCGCCGUGUGCGCCACGCACCAGGACCGCACGCCCAUCCACGUAUCGGCGGGCGGACAGCACACGGUGCUGCUCGUGGAAGACCCAAACCCUCAAAAAGAACGAUCACCGACGCCGGAAAAAGAGACGCAAGAAGAGAAAACGGAGCCCGUAGAGGAAGAGAAGAAAAAGAGACCAACCAAGAGACAAAAGAAACAAGAGCAGGACGAAGAGAUCACCUCCACAUCAUCCAGCGCGCAACCAGCUACCACUGAAGAUGUGCCAGAGAAGGUGAAUGGCAAUGAGAAAAAAGCACCAGAGACCCCUAUGGACAUUGACGAUACAGAUAACCCAAAAGAAACCACAGACACAGACACGGACAUACAGACAGCGGACACAAAAGAAACAGAAUCCGAGAAAGAGUCACAAGAGAACAUGGACACGUCCAGUCAAGACACAGAGGACUCAAAGGACUCCAAAGAGGAGAGAGAAAAAGAGAUGGAGACAACUCCCGCAGUAGCAGAGAAAGAGAGUGAAGUGACGGAAGUCAACGGGACCCAGGAGUCCGAGGUCAAAGAGAGCAAAACAGUAGAGACAUUACCGCCCGCCGCCAUCUCCACAGCGUGAUGGUAGGUCACACUUUUUGUUUAACUCCAAUUGACACGGUGUAGCUAGCGUACAGUAUUGCAUAACAUUUUUGUUAUGAACAGUCCAGAAAACUCUGCUGCUAGUUGUUUUCAACUUAAGUUAUCUGGACUGUUUAUAAUAAUAAAUGGCUUGAGUAUUUGCUGGAGAGUUGAUCUUGUCCUGAAUUUAAUUUAUCUUAUGUUAUUUCUCUAUGAAAUGAAUUUCAUCGUUUUCUAAACAAUACAUUAGCUAAUAGGGCUUGAACAUAGAGAGAUAUUUUAAGUAAAAACUUGUGUCAGGUGUGGCUCUUAUAUGACAUUAUUAUAGUAGGGUAUAUAUCAGUUAAAUAUUUUGAAUAAGCAGUAAAUUAUAAUUUAUAUCUCUCUAUAAUCGUUGAACUUCGAUAAUCCGACACUGUCCAGCGGGUCCCCUGUAUAUUAUUUCAUUUUGCACUUUUGAUUAUAACUUUUGAAUGUGUAUUUGAAUGCUGUUUUAUGAUUAUUUUUCUACCAUUCAAUGUCAAUAUAACAAAACUAUAAAUAUAAAUCAGUUAGCUUGAAAAUUACAUGAAAAUCAGUUCAGCUGUUUCGAAAUGCAACAGACAAUACAAAUAAUAAUUUAAACAAUUGGAUUUCGAUGUUCUGCUCCAACUUACUUACAAUUAUAUUGGUAAUUACGAUCGAUGUACUGACACAAUAAUUCUAAUUUUCUAAUCUCUUAUUGUAGUACAAUAUAAUAGUAUAUAUUUUGUCGGUGGAUAAUCUUAAUUUAGUGUCCCAAUUGGCUUUAGUUUGUCGUAAUGUUUGCUUAUGUAGGAAACCAGCAAUACUGUACUGUACGAUAGUUAUACUGUGGUUUUUCUUUUUAAUUUUAGUUAGAACUUUGGCCGUGGUGGCGUAUUGGGAGAAUUUUUUCCAAAAAGUAAAUCAAAAUGUUUUCAAUAAUUUUAAGUAUGUGCGUAAAAGAGAUAACUGAGUAAAGUAAUUUCUUUAAUUUUUGUACAAAAUCUUUGAAUUCGGUAUGAUUGGUAUUGAUGUUAAAAAGUUUUAACAUGAAGUUUGAUAAACAAAAAUAUGUUACAAAUAUCAAAAUUAACAAGAAAUUAGUACAUAAUAUAUAUUUUUUUAAGGUAGCUUUUUAUCGGACUUUGUAUAAUUAAUUUUAUCAAUUACAUUUAUUUUAAUUUAUUCUUAAUCAGUACAUAAUGUGAUUUUGUUAGGGUUUUUAUGUAAUAGGUAAAAUCUAUAACUUGACAUGUGAAAUUGAUAUAUUUUAACGAAAUGUUAAAUAAUACUUUAUCUAUAAUACUAAAGAAAUGUUAAAUUUAAGAUAUCUCCAAUGUUAAAGUUAAUAAUAUUUUUGCGUAAGCGUACACCACUUUAAAAUAAUUGACAUAAAAUAAGCAGGAAUGAUGUUUUUGAUCAUCUACAGUCAUAUUUUACCAACUUCAAAAAAAGAAGUUCUAAUUUUGUAGUGUACUUUUUAAGUUUCGACUGCAAUGCCAACCACGGCCGUCGGGUGUAGUCACGUGACCAUCGUAUACAUACAUACAUAAAUAUAUACAUAUAUUAAAUUUGGCAGGGAGGUAGUUUAUAGUUAAUAGAUGUCCGCUAAGAAUUUGCGAGAGGGUUGGAUUUGGGAGUUGUAAGGUUAGUCGCGGGCGUCCACUAGUGUGUAAUAAGCUACCGUUAAAUUGUAAAAUAUGUUAGUUUAUAAUCUUACUUGUGAUAUUAUAAUCUGCCGUCAUAUUGUGAACUGUAAAUACUGAUUACAAUUUAAUAUACCGAAAAAUAACACGUUAGAUUGUAAUCAGUAUUUUCAGAUCACAAUAUAACGGCAGAUUAUAAUAUCACGAGUGAGAUUAUAAACUAACUUAUUCUACAAUUUAACGGUGGCAAAUACAUACUCAGCUUUUCGUUAUAUAGUGGUAACUAGCCACGACCGAAGCCUGCCACCAGUUGCCAUUGCACGACCAAUUGCGGCUGAACCGUAAAUAUCUCUAUCGUUGCGAUGUGCCUAGGAUGUUUGUUACUCUUUCACGCAAAAACUACUGAAUGGAUUUGGUUGAAAUUUGUAAUGGAGAUACAUUAUACCUUGGAUUUACAUUAUUGGCUACUUUUUAUUCAGAAAUGUCCAAGGUUCGAGCGGGAUUUGUGAAAAACUUAAGCUUGUUUAUUUAUUUUGCCUUUAUGUUGUGUGAUUAUUAUGAUGAUGAUGAUGAUGAUGAGGAUGAUGAUUGAUAUUGAAUGAUUUGUCGAAAAGUUGAGGAGUGGAUUAGCAGGGUAUAGUAUAUGCGGACAAAUGAAAGUCACAUUACAAGAAAAAUGUUGGAAGUGGAAGUACACAAAAAGAGAUGAUCGGAGUGAGGGAAAGAUAUGUAAAAGGAAUUGAGUUGAAUCACGUAUGAUUAAAAGGAGUUGAGUUGAGUGAUAUAUGAGUAUGACAGAUGUGGAUGGAGAAAGAGUACAUAUUGUGCCGACUCCACUUAAGUGGAAUAAGGACAAGGGAAUGAAGUCUCUAUAUAAAUUUUAAUAUCAAUAUAUUGUACGAUUUUGAUGAUUAUGAUAUUAUUAAAUCGAUAGUGCUUUGUGAUUCAAAAUUUUUUUGUAUAUCGGUUGUGUUAUUCAUGUAUGUUUUAUUUUAUAAUAAUUUAAUUAUUACAGCUUAGCCGUUGUCAUACGUAUGAUAGGUGCGUGGUUUAGUUUCAAAAUAGAAAAACAUUCAUGAAACUGUUUUAUAUAAAAAAAAAUUUAUACCUACUUUAUUCAAUGAUAUUUUUCUUUUUUAACUAACCAUGCGAUAUUGUAUGUAAUGAAACACGCACAUGUUGACUAAGUUGCUAACAAUUAUAGCCCCCCUACAGUCCGUGCGCUGUAGCAUGGUGCGGGUGACAGUUCGUUGCGCUCUUGGAAAGUUUGUCACAAUUCGCGAUACUGCAACUGUCACCCGCACCAUGCUACAGCGCACACAGUAUAAGCGCGGUCACGUGACUAUGCCGUGUAAUAUAUAGGAUUACAAUCGUAAUCGAGUAGUCUAACAGCCGGCGUGUGGUUUGUUGAAACAACGUAUGAAUAAUGUUGUAACUCUUUGCCUACACCGUUAAACGAAUGAAUAUGAAUUUAAGAUAAAUAAAGUCGUAUGUGUAAUAAGGUCUGCUGUUUGUAUCCAAAAUAAAACUAUUCAAACCAAUGUUAGAAGAAAAAACAUACAUACAGCUGAACGUAGAACCUCCUCCUUUUUGGAAGUCGGUUAAAAAGAGAUAGAUAGGUUACAUAAACCAUAUUAGAUGUUUACGACUGGCACACAAAAAGUAUUUCAGUGGUGUUGUCAAAGGCAAUGACAAUGCGGCGACUAAAAUCAGGUUUGCUAAUUAGCUUAGUUUCAACGUGUCAUUUUUUUCUUCUAAGAUCAUUGAUUCAAACCGUAUGGCAGUUGGACUGAGCAAUUUGAAACCUAUUUUUUAAUUAAUAACCAGUUUAAUUAAUUGAAUUUUAUUUUAAGAUUCUGUACGCAGUUUGUACAAGUAUAACCUUAUAGAUGCAAAUCUUGUGUGUAUGAAUGGUCAAUUUAAACGUGUCUAAAUGCUUUUGCCGAAGUGCACGCCGACUCUUGGUCUAUAGAAUUUAUUAUUUAGUAUGGAAGGAUGUGGCUAGCCUUUACGGAUUAUACAUAAUUAUAAAUAAAAAUAAUAAAUGGUUAAUUUUAAUUAUUAAUUAAUUCGUGUAUAAGAUAGUUAAUAAUAAAAUAGAAACCCGAUGUGUUAGUUUGUUGUAACAUUAUUUUUAUUUUAUAUAGUUUCCCCCCCCCCCCCCCCUUGUGUAUUUCUAAGUACAAAUUGUACGUUUAUAAUUUCGGGAAGAUCUUUGUUACAAAAAAAUGAACUAUGUAUUGUGUUUUCCUAAUAAAAGCGUAGUGUAUA